UUCGCGUCUUGGCGUCAAAGGAGACGGCAAUUCCAAUAUCAGUUUUAGAUGCCACUCCGGAUUUUAUCGGGCAAAUUCAGAAUGUUACGGUCGCUAUUGGAAGAGAGGCGAUAUUAACGUGCAGAGUUAACGACCUGGGACAUUAUAAGGUCGGCUGGAUGAAGGCGGACGAUCAAACCAUUCUGAGUCUGCACACUCGUGUGGUCACCCACAAUCCCCGCAUUACGGUGACCAAUGAUGACAACUUCCGCAUCUGGCAACUGCACAUCAGACAAUUGAAGGAGACAGAUCGCGGGUGUUACAUGUGUCAGAUAAACACCAAUCGCAUGAAGAAGCAGCUCGGUUGCGUUGAUGUGCAAGUGCCACCGGAUAUUGAUGACACGGAAACCAGCAGCGACGUGACCGUGUCAGAAGGCGAAAACGUCACGCUGGCAUGCAAGGCGUCGGGCCAUCCCUCACCGAGAAUUUUAUGGAGACGCGAGGACGGAGAUCACCUCCACCUACAGCAGCACUCCCGCACGCACGACGCGGAAAGAGUUGACACGUUCAGCGGGACGAAACUGAAUCUCCUACGCGUAGAUCGUCGGCAAACGGGAGCGUACCUCUGCAUCGCAAGCAACGACGUGCCACCAGCCGUCAGCAAAAGAAUCGUAUUGAACAUAAACU